ACUGAUUUAUUUUUUUCUCGUUCUCAAUCCAUCGAGAAAUUCCACGUCCAUCUAAACCAACCUGAUCAUUCUGACGAAAACACAGUAAAUACAACCUUGUGAAUCUAGCUAUACUUUUUUAGAUACUUUUAAAUCAUGCCAUUGAGACUGGAUGUGAAGAGAACCUUAUCUGCUCGAUCAGACAGGGUUAAAUGUGUUGAUCUCCAUCCUUCAGAACCAUGGAUGCUUGCAGCUUUGUAUAAUGGAAACUGCCAUGUAUGGAAUCAUGCAAGUCAAACGUUGAUUAAAUCGUUUGAAGUAACUGAUUUGCCAGUACGAUGUGGCAAGUUUGUUGCCAGAAAGAAUUGGAUUGUUACAGGAUCAGAUGAUAUGAUGAUUCGCGUUUUCAAUUAUAACACAUUAGAAAGGGUACAUGGCUUUGAAGCACAUUCAGAUUACUUACGAUGCUUACAAGUCCAUCCUACACAAUCAUAUCUUAUAUCAAGCAGUGAUGAUAUGUCAAUCAAACUGUGGGAUUGGGAUAAGAAAUGGCAAUGCGUGCAGACCUUUGAUGGCCACACUCACUAUGUGAUGCAAAUAGUAAUCAAUCCAAAAGACAAUAACCAGUUUGCUAGUGCUUCUCUGGAUCGUACGAUCAAGGUGUGGCAACUUGGUUCACCUCAUCCAAAUUUCACCCUAGAGGGUCAUGAGAAGGGUGUAAAUUGUGUUGACUACUUCCAUGGUGGUGAAAAACCAUACCUUGUGUCUGGGGCUGAUGAUCGUCUUGUGAAGAUUUGGGAUUACCAGAAUAAAACUUGUGUUAAGACUCUCGAAGGUCAUGCUCAAAAUGUUUCUUCUGUGCUAUUUCACCCUGAACUGCCUAUCGUUUUGUCGGGUUCUGAAGACGGCACUGUUCGUGUAUGGCAUGCAAACACGCACAGAUUAGAAAGCACGUUAAAUUACGGAAUGGAACGAGUUUGGAGUAUGUCAGCCAUGAAAGGCAACAACAACAUUGCCAUCGGAUAUGAUGAAGGAAGCAUCAUGGUGAAAUUAGGUAGAGAAGAACCAGCAAUGUCAAUGGACAACAGUGGAAAAAUAAUCUUUGCAAAACACAGUGAAAUAUUACAAGCUAACCUUAAGAACUUAGGAGACACAGAAUGUAAGGAUGGUGAGAGAUUGCCAGUUGCAGUCAAAGAGAUGGGCUCGUGUGAAAUUUAUCCACAAACACUUUCACAUAAUCCUAAUGGAAGGUUUGUUGUUGUUUGCGGUGAUGGAGAGUACAUCAUAUACACAGCUAUGGCGCUUCGUAAUAAAAGUUUUGGUUCUGCUCAAGAAUUCGUCUGGGCUGCAGACUCAUCAGAAUAUGCUGUACGUGAGAACAGUAAAGUGAAAAUCUUCAAGAACUUUAAAGAAAAGAAAUCAUUUAAACCGGAUUAUGGAGCUGAGAAUAUCUACGGUGGUUUUCUAUUGGGAGUCAGAUCAUCUAGUGGCUUAUCAUUUUACGAUUGGGAAACACAAGAGCUUGUGCGACGUAUUGAAAUUCAACCAAAGACAGUUGUUUGGUCUGAGAACGGCGAAAUGUGCUGUAUCACAACAGAUGAGUCUUACUUCAUCUUGAAGUACAUUCAAGAUAAUGUUACAGCUGCAAUGGAGAACAAGGAUGAACUGAUCACUGAAGAUGGUGUCGAAGACGCGUUCGAUGUGCUUGGAGAAAUAGAGGAAGUUGUAAAAACUGGUAUCUGGGUUGGUGAUUGUUUUAUUUACACAAAUUCAGUGAAUCGUUUGAACUACUAUGUUGGUGGGGAGAUCGUUACAGUUUCUCAUCUCGACAAGAGCAUGUACCUUCUCGGUUACAUUCCAAAAGACAAUCGUUUGUACCUUGCCGACAAAGAACUAAAUGUUGUCAGCUAUCAUCUUUUGCUGUCUGUGCUGGAAUAUCAAACGGCCGUGAUGAGGAAAGAUUUCGAAACUGCAAAGGUUGUGUUGCCGACUAUUCCUAAGGAACAGCGAAAUCGGGUUGCGCAUUUCUUGGAGAAACAGGGUUUCAAGCAGCAAGCUCUUCACGUUUCCUGUGAUCCUGAGCAUAAGUUUGAAUUGGCCGUACAGCUAGGUGAUUUAAGAACAGCUUAUGAUAUUGCUAUGGAAGCAGAGUCCGAACAGAAAUGGAAGCAUUUAGCUGAGCUAGCUAUCCAAAAAUGUGAGUUCGCACUUGCUCAAGAAUGUCUCUACAAAGCACAAGACUACGCAGGUUUACUCUUGCUAGCCAGUUGUUCAGGCGAUGCUGUCACGAUGGAGAAGCUGGCUGUGGACGCUGAGAAAAAUGGGAAAUAUAAUGUAGCAUUCUUGGCUUAUCAUUCCCUAGGAAGAUUAGAAGAAUGUUUAGAACUAUUGUGCAAAUCAAAUCGCCUACCUGAGGCAGCCUUCCUUGCUCGCACUUACCUGCCAAGCCAUGUACCUCGAGUGGUUCAAAUGUGGAAGGAGGAUUUGGCAAAAACAAACAAAAAAGCAGCAGACGCGCUAGCUGAUCCUACACAAUACGGAAAUCUUUUCCCUGACAUUCAAGAAGCUAUAAAAGCCGAAGAGUUGUUAAAAGCUGACAGAUUAAACCUUCGUCCUGCAGCGGACUACAAAACAAUGCCGAACAACUUGGAACGAAAUGCUUUGGAGGAAGUCCGACAGCACGAAGAAGCUGGUGGUACAGUACAGGGCAUUGUAAGUCAAACAGAAUCCCUGAAUUUGUUGUCUGACGAGCCAGCAAGUCCGCCCACUGAAGCACUAACGCCCGAUACCACCGAAGCGAACGAUACGCCCGUUAAAACAGACCCGGUCGCCGUUGAUAAACCACCAGAGGAACAGAAAGGAAAAGAGAGGGCGGAUAGUAUCGAUUUGGAAAUUGGUAGCGACAUCGACGAUGUUGACUUAGGGGAUCACGAUGUUGACGACUUGGAUCUUGAUGAUCUAGAUGACGACGAUCUAUCUUAACCGCAUCUAGCGUGAAGUAUGGCGUGCCAACUCGAAGCACAUAAUGUUAAUGUUGUUUAUUUCUUAGAAUAUUUGAUUUAGGAAAAAAACAGCAAUCCGCUAAUUCUGUUGAACUAAUUUCCAAGCUUCUCGGGUGAAUUAAUAUUCUUCAAAAUUUAAUUUUUCUUUUAAACGAGUAAAAUUGGAUUUGGUUAAAGCAUUGGUUAGAGAAUGAAUCCGUUUUUAGUGUUCAGCUCGAAAUUGUAUUUAUUACCUUAAAAUUGUAUCCGUCAAUGAUUGUGAAAGGAUGGAGCUUGGGGGUAUGACUUUUGUCUAAGUCAAAAACUUUUCACAUUUAAAUGGCUAUUUUUGUUUAUUAUUAUAAGAUAGGGAAAUCAUUACGUAAAUAAAUUUAAAUUUUCGUUA